AUGCCACAUCCUGGAAGACCAAAGGGUCGAAUGAAUAAAAAAACCCAACAAUUGCAACAAGAAGCAUUGGCAAGAGCACAAGCAGCACAGCAGCAGAGUAAGCAAGCACAUAGAGCUGCUCAACAUAAUCAACACCCUCAUCAUCAGCAACAGCAUCCUUCUCGACAUAAUUCAGCUAUAAAAGAGGAUGGGGGAAUAACAUUACAUGAUGAAGCAGAUUUAAUAUCUUAUAGAAAUGAUGCAUUAAUUCGAUAUGUUUCAAAUCAUGAAUAUAUAGAGAACGUGACAGCAAAGGUUAUACACUCAACAAAAAUUAUCCCGCCUUCGCUAUAUCCAAAUUUGCCCAAACGUAGCAAAGAGGAUUGUUCAAAACCAAUGAAUCCAGAAGAAUUAUAUUAUGGUGAUUUGGAAUAUAUGAAAUAUGUCAAUGAUAAUUUAAUAAGGGACUUGAAAACGAUGAAAUCAGAUGACGAUCCUGGUUUUACUCGUUAUUUAUUCAAUUGUCCACAAUAUAAAGUUCAACAAAAAAGGAAUAAUGAAUUGGAGAAACUAGAGAGAGAGCUACAUAACAUAUCCUCCUUAAAAAAUUUGGAAAAUGCUUAUGAAUCAAUACUAGAGGAGUACAAAAAGAAAUUUGAUAGAGAAUACGUGAUUUUACCUCAUAUGGAACAGUACUCUAUACCAACGGUGAAAUUGGCUCCGGGAAUUGAUGUAAAAGAAGCUCCCAAGGACUACAAUCCUAGACUCAUGAUGAAAGAUACAGUAAGCAAUCUACAAGAAGAACAAAACAGUCAGCAACAUCUGCUGUCAUUACUGGAUCAGAAUUUGAAAUCUCAGCAACAACAGCAAAAUGAAUAUACCAACUUUAACGAUCCAAAUUCAUUUCAAAAUUCGAACCAUCAAAUCAACCGAAAUAAUAAUGGGGAUUUUACAUUACCUAUGAAUGAACCUAGUGAAGCAAGUUCGACAUUAGUGCCUGAAGAUAGUAGGUCAAAUGGAGGUGCAGCAAUACAAGUAAAUCAACCACAAUCAGAACCACACAAACCAGUACAAGAAAUCGUAGCUACGAAUGCAAAUGAAGAGAAAGAAGACGAAGACAUCAAUAUGAAAGACAACUCAAAGGAUCAUGAAGAAAAUGGAUUUGAUCAAGAGGAAUCAUCUAAGCAAUACCCGCCUUAUCAGCAUUCAGAAAAUCAAGACAAUAUAAAUGAUCAUCAAGUAACAAAUCAAGAUGUAGAAAACUUAUUCGAGGACGGUGAUGACAAUAAUAUUGGUGAUAACGGAAAAGACAUGCAUGAUGGAAAUGAUAAACAUAAUGAAAAUGGUGAGGAUGAUAUCCCUUUGAAUAUGGAAAUAGAUGUGGAUGCGGAUUUGAAUGAUCACCUGGCGAUAGUGAAUGAUGAAUUGGGUGAUCUUUAUGACUUUGAUGGGAACGAUGAUAUAAUGGGUGGAGAUUCAGCAUUCGAGCAGGACUUUUUGAAUCAAAUCAAUAAUAUUGAUUGA